UUAUAUUUUUCUUUCAAUUCAAUACAUUUAUAUGAAUCAACGAAGAACAUUUAAUUAUGUGGUUCGAGAAUUUAUUAAUUAUGUCCUUUGUUAAGUCCAUGCAAAUGAAACAAAGAAAAACCUAAACAGACGUUCCUACGAUACUUUACAAAACAGGCCAUCACUGAAAUCACAAUUUUUGAGUUUGUUUCUUCCUAACCUGAUUUUUUUGACGUAUACAAAUAUUAAAUAUUGUAACCCAAAAUAAAAAUACGUUAAAAACUAAUUAAAACAAUCUUCAUAUGCAAUUAAAUUAAUUGUUAUGCAAAUAAAGAUAUAAUUGUGAUAUCUAUAUAAAGAAUGUGUAGAUACAAUUUAUAUACUUUCGACUCAGUAGUUGUUUGUACAGUUUGUAGAUGGAUUAGAUAAAAACAUAUUUUUAUUUUAUAUCAAAAUUUUAUACUUGAAUGAUUUUAAAAAGUUUUCUAAACGUCCGCAACAAAUAUUUAUAUCAAAUGAGUACCUGGAGAGAAGCUGCGUCUGAAAUUAAAACGUUUGUAUUUUUGGAUCUUGAAUCAACAGGUCUGCCCUUAUAUGAAAAUAACAAAACAAGAAUAACUGAGCUCUGUUUAACUGCAAUACAAGCUGAACAUAUUCGUUUGGGAGUUUUUCCACGUGUACAGAAUAAAUUAAACUUGUGUUUCAAUCCUUGCAAAUUGAUUUCCGCAGAUGCUGAAAAAAUUACAGGACUUUCAAAUUUUCUUCUCGAAAAUACCAAAGCAUUUUCUCAAGAAACUGUGUCAUCAAUAAAUAAAUUUUUAAAUCAUAAUCCACAACCUGUAUGUUUGGUAGCUCAUAAUGGUCUCAAAUUUGACUAUCCUCUUCUCAAACGAGAAGUAGAUUUAACCAAAGAAUCUCUUGAUGACAAUGUUUUGUGUGUCGAUACUUUGGUAGCAUUUCGAGAAAUUGAAGAACAACAAAAUAACAAAAAUGCCGAAAAAAGACGAUCUAGCUCGGUGGUAGCUGGUGGUGAAGAUGCAGUUGAUGCAACACGGAGUAAAGUACCAGUUGAGUUUACCGCUAGUUAUGAUAGGCUUUUGGUUACAGCCUGUGAAACAAUUGCAGAUGAUAAACCUUUAUUUAGUGCUGAAUCACAAAUAAAAAACGAAACUACACCACAGAAACAAAUCAUUACAAAUCGUAGUCUUCUAGGUAUUCCACAGGAAUCGACUGUUGGUCAAACCAUAAAAAUUUUAGAUUUUAGUGUUGAAUCAAAAACAAAGAAUGAAACUACACCUCAGGAACAAAUUGUCACAAGUAGUAACCUUCCACCUAAUCCAAAGAAACCCAAGAUAGUUGAACCCAGAAAAAAAUUAGAUUAUGGUAUUAGUUAUAAACUGGGAGACGUGUUUUCUCGUCUUACCAAGAAGGCUCCGAUCAAUUCUCAUCAAGCGGAUGGAGACGUCCAAAUGUUGAUCAUGUGUGCAGCAACCUUAGGUGAUUCUUUCGUCGAUUGGUGUAAUCAGAAUGCUAAGAAAUUUUGUGAUAUUCCUGCGAUGGUACCUGGAAAGAAAAUAGGAACAUAAUAAACACUACAUCGCUCGUCCGAAAGAAAAGUGUCACAACUCAAAAAACAAGUUUUUCAGGAGAGACAAAAAUGCAUUUUGUAGAUCUUAAUUUAACUGUAAGUUUUAACCCUUUCAGACCUGACCUUUUUUUGUUUUUUCUAUUGAAUCUUCAUAACGGAAGAUUGUAAUAGUCUAAAGUUACAUUUUUGACAUUUUUGUUUAAUAGGUAGUCAUUUGACAGAAUGUCCAUUGUAAUGGACAUUGGGACUAUAACAAGAAUUUAGGGUAGUCACAUACGAUUUUUUUUAAUAUAUUAUAUAAAUAUCAAGUAAAUGUUAAUUAAUUUAAAUUUAUGAGUUUUCCCUUUACAACCAACAUUUUUGCAUCUGGAUGCUCCCUUUUUGUUGCCGUUAUCUGGUAAAUGAUCUAUUUUAUCUAUGCGUAUUUCCUUCAAUGGUCUAAUUUGAACUCUUGGUCGUUUUGGAAUGUGAGGAGAAUUCUAGGUUGAUAUUUUGGGACGACCAGUGCUUCUUUUUAUGGGUUUUCCCACUUCAAUUAGAUUGAUCUCUCUGAUUGAUCUUCAAUUUGAGACAGCACGUUCAGAUAAUUGUUCUAAUUCAUCAUCAUCAUAUAAAGAGGACAUGAAAAUCUCUUGAUCUUUUGGAUUAUCCGAAAUAAACCGUGAAACAAAAAUAUCAAUAUAGACCUGUUGUUCAUUGCAAUGGACAUCAUAUUUUAAUGCUUGUUAUCAACAAAAAACAACAAUAAGUUAUCUAUGUUGACACAGUAGUACAUAAAUUGAUAUGUCUACUAUUGUAUAAAAUAAUAUUUGGUUACAUAUAAUAAAUUUACAACUUGAAGAAACAUGAUAUUUACUUACGGUUUCCAGGUAUCGUAAAUUCGUCAGAUAUGCUCGCUAAGAGCGGUUCCAGACCCGUCGGCUGGAGAAAGAGGAGGUGGGUUUAGUCGGUAGGCGGCCCGUGAUAUAGAUAGGGCGGGCCGAAUCCGACACACCUAGGACACUUUCCCAGACGGUCUUAAGAAGAUUCUCACCUCCCAAAAAAAGGUAUCGUAAAUUCGCCAUGUCACACUAUCUUUAACAGCACUUAACUUGGCUAUGAUUCAAACUAAACUAACAAGUGUUGUUUAUAGUGUUAACUGAGAUAUGCAAAAUAAAAAAUAUGUAGUUGUCAGCAAUUUACAGGAGUUUAAUUUUGUUAUACGGUUUACGUAAAUGUAUGUCCAUUGCAAUGGACACCAGGUCUGAAAGGGUUUUAAACAGCAACUGGUAAAAUUUAUAAAUUAAAAACGAAGAAUAUAGAUAAGUGAAUGUUAUGUAAGAAGCAAAACCAAAACAACUAUAAUCAACUAUUUUUAAUGGGAAUAAGCCACAAUUUUACCAAAAUAUAGAUAUACAAUAAGUAUUACAUACGAGUUAGUACAAAUUUUAUAUUUUAGUAUUACUUAUUGUAUAUCUAUGUAAUAUUAAUAUUAUUUAUAAUUUAAACAUAUUAAAGUCAGAAUUUGGUAUUAGUUUUCUUGAAGGUAGAUUAAAUGUAAGACCAAAUACUUACGAUGUCGGGAUAGUAUCACGAGGUUUUUUCUGGUUUUCCCUCGUGAUUUACUAUGGAAUCUCUAACGCGAGAAUUUUACUGUCAUCGUUGCAUUUGGUUGCCUUUUUAAAGACAGAUCACAUGCUAUGAUUUUUUUGUGACGGAUAUUCUUGAGUUGGGAUUGAUUUCAUGUAAUCGAGUGAACUAUCUUUUAGUAAAGUCGUCCCAGGAACGCAACUCAUAAAUAUUGGCGAUAUCAUUUUAAAGUCUUCUACUUUAAAAUGUAUAAAAUACGUCUGAGUUGCCAAUAUAAAUGAGUCAGAUUAAAUAAAUUAUUAGAAUUUUUUUACUUAGCAACAACAUUUUUGUUUAUUUUAGUAGUAUUUUGUAUUUUGACAACGAAACCCGAUUUGGGCUUCGAAACGUUAAUAAAAUCAUUUUUUUGGUAAAAUUGUGGCUUAUUCCCAUUGAUUAUAAAAAUGCCACAAGGAAAUAGCUUCAGAACAACAUUAACAAAACAACUAUGAUAUCUGAUUUAACAAAGAAAAAAGGUCAACAUUCUGAGUUAUGUAUGUCACUUUUUUUUUAAAUAUUGGUCGCUUUUUUAAACAUUAGCGAACAAUACCGAGGACACUUCUCGAAAUACAACGGUUUUCGUGAUAAAUAUCAAUACGUUCACGUCGAACGUUAUAGCAUAACUUAAAAAGUGUCAUUGUUCUUGAAUAAAGAUAUUCAUUUUACCUAAAUGAAUAAUGACACUACCGACAUCUUACGAAAGUAAACAUCUAUGUGACACUUUUCCUGGUAAAAGGAUUCUCUGAGUCAAUUUAACAAGAUAACUGGAGUUAUGGAUUUUUUGAGUUGUGUCACUUUUCUUCCGAACGAGCGAUAUAUGUUUUUUUAAUUAUAUUUGAUGUACAUAGGCGUAACCAGGAUAAUCCUAAGGGGUGGGGGGGUUACAACUACUGGAAAGGGUGGGGUUACAACUACUGGAAGGUCUCCGAGGGGUAUGGUGUUAAGCGUAUAGAGCUCAAAGUACAUCCCAAUGGGGGGGGGUUAUAACCCCCAAACGCCCCUGGUUACGCCUAUGUUGAUGUAUAUAUUUAAAAACUUAAAAAGUAUUUUAUGGAUAUACAAAUUGUAGUCAUAUUAUUUUUACAACAAUUUUGCACAAGACUUUUUUUAUUUAUGUUAAUAAGUGACAUGUAAUGAUUAGUUCUAUUAGUAUAUUUAUAGACUUAAAAAGUAUUUUAUGGAUAUAUAGAUUGUAGUCAUAUUACUAGUACAAAAAUUUUGCACAAGACUUUUUAUAUUUAUUUUAAUAAAUGACAUAUAUGUGAU